GCUGUUGUGACGUCACUAUGGCCGUCGAAUGCAUGGCGCCUGAAGAUAUCCAUCACAGUUGAGGCAAAGAUCCCAAGACUUUGACGCGAUGCCGAAGGAUAAGAAGAACAAGGACUUGAUGUCCACGCAGGUGCUGCUGGCAGCAUCGGGACUGGAUGAAUUCUACAAAUACUUUGACCAGGCUGGACACUCCAUGUUUGAUUCCAUGACUCACGCCAGUGACUUGAAGGUGGAGCAGAUUCUGUUGGAGGUCGAGGCCCGGAAUGGCGUGACCUUCAACAACGCGGUGAGGAUCAAACUUUGGAAGGCGCUGAGAUACCAAUGGUUCCGUGGUCCCGGCAAAGGUCUGAACUUUGUGGAACGCGUCGAUGUUCAGCAACUGCAUUUGCCACCUUUGGAAUGGCAAGAGCAGGACAGCAAGUUCAAGUUUGGGGAUCUGGAGUCGGACCGUCAACGUCAAGUAGUGCGUAAGAUCAAGCAACUCGCCCCGGGCGAGACGGGUCAGUCGCUUCAAACCUUUCAGUUUGAGGUCUACACCCGCAGCCCCGAUUUGAUCUACGAGUACCGGGACCUGGAACGAUGUGUGCAGGAGUGGGAACGCCGGAAUCCGCGCUCCAUGAUUCAAGAGGAC